AGUUUCUAGUGGAUCGCACCAACCCUUGUCUGCCCUCUGCCCACUCCCCUCACUCACCUCUGCUCAAGGCAGUCUUCCCCGUGCCACAGACCCUGACCUCAUUGCAUGGCUCUCCCAAGGCUGUGCGGGUGGCACCAGUCCUGAGUUUCUUCACUAAGCCUAUCCAUGCCUGCUCUGGGUAGGCAAAUGGAGCUUGAACCAGCUGGUGGAGUGAGAGGCACUAGGACUCAGGAACCCCAGCGAUAUAUUUCCCGAUUUCCUUCUGCACAAACAUGGGGUAGGUACUUGUGGCAGAAGGCAGAUUUUCUUUCGUGGACACUGGGUGAGAGACAAGGUGGGAAUUGGGGUUCUGGCUGUGUCACCAACUGCAGAGCGCCCUUAGGCAAAUCCUGCCCCUGUGAGCCCAGGGUCCUCUUGGGGAAAUUGGGGAGACCCCGUUUUCUCCACCAGUACCUGGCAUAUGGUGCCUGAUGUGGAGGAUACUUACGGCGCUGAGCGUGGAAGUUCCCAGCCUGGGACUUGUCACUUUAGCCCUAGCCAACUGUGUAGGGAGCCUCAGGGCUUCUCGCCAUCUACCCCAUCCAGGACUGAGCCCAAAAUUGGAUUGUGGGGCAGUUGGAGCUUCACCAGGCCCUUUUUUUCCUGUGCUGUUACUGAGUGAGGCAGACCAGCAGGAACCUAGAUUGGAGUGCUUAGCAUGUUGCACCCUCCAGUUGCAGGGCUCAGCUGAGCCCUCUUGGGGGAGGCAGGGGGCGCCCACGUGCCCAAGGAAGUGCUGGGGGAAGGCUUGCGAUUCGGUCCUGCCAAAGGCAACAUGAUUUGGGGGAUCUUGCUGUCCCCCCAAAUCGGGGGACAGGAUUGUCUGAGCCCUGAGUCUUUCACCCUCUCCACCCUGUAGGUUCCACGCGCAACUGAGCCCUAAGUCCUUUUGCCCUGACAUCCAGCUCGCAGCUCCAGGGGAGCGGGAGAGGCGGGCGCGUUGCAUUCUGGGCUUUGUGGUUUUUGAUUGCCAUAGGCUGCGCCACCGCGUGGAGUUUGCGGUUAUUGGGUGCUGGCUGGAGAGCACGCCUUUCCUCCCUUUGCACACGCCCUUUGCUCUUAACCACGCCUCUCGGUGUUGACUCAUGUUAGCGAUUGGCGGAUGGAGCGAGGCUGCCUGUGGAUUGGUCAGGUACAGUGGGGGCGGGCCAGCGCCUUCACUUAAGGGCAGGUACUCCAGAUCCGCGGGCAGUGCCAAGAUGUCGGCCACGGUGCCAGAGCUGAAACAGAUUAGCCGGGUAGAGGCAAUGCGCCUGGGGCCGGGCUGGAGCCACUCUUGCCACGCGAUGCUGUACGCCGCCAACCCCGGGCAGCUUUUCGGCCGCAUCCCCAUGCGCUUCUCGGUGCUGAUGCAGAUGCGCUUCGACGGGCUGCUGGGCUUCCCUGGGGGCUUCGUGGACCGGCGCUUCUGGUCACUGGAGGACGGACUGAACCGGGUGCUGGGUCUGGGCCUGGGCUGCCUGCGCCUCACCGAGGCAGACUACCUGAGCUCACAUCUCACGGAGGGGCCGCACCGCGUCGUGGCGCACCUAUAUGCGCGGCAGCUAACGCUGGAGCAGCUGCACGCCGUGGAAAUUAGCGCGGUGCACUCGCGCGACCACGGCCUGGAGGUGGGGCCGCCGCCCGGGCCCUGCCCCCCACCCCGGGGUUUGGCUCUGGCCCUGCGACGAUGGGUUCUGGGGCUUGUGCGAGUCCCACUGUAUACCCAGAAGGACCGAGUAGGUGGCUUUCCCAACUUCCUGAGCAAUGCCUUCAUCAGCACAGCUAAGUAUCAGCUCCUCUUCGCCCUCAAGGUGCUCAAUAUGAUGCCAGAAGAGAAGCUGGCUGAGGCUGUCGCUGCAGCCACUGAGAAGCAGAAGAAAGCUCUGGAGAAGUUCCUCCCAUCUUCCUCCUGAGGUUGCUCCUGUACCACGUGUCUUCACCCUUCUCUGCGCCCAUUGCUGAGACUGGGCCCUGAUAGCCUGCAGGAGUGUAUCUUCUAAUGUUUCUGUGUGUGUAACCCUUGCUUACUGCAUGGGGUGAGUGGGCAUCUCAUCAUCUCCACUGUCUUGAGGCCUGCUGUGACCUCAGAUUGGUCAGUGGGUGGCCUGGGGAUGCUGGACCUGGCUGUCUAGGCUCAGGAUAUUCUCACCCACCUUGAGGCUUAAACCUGCCUCUCUGAGAGUCUCUCAGGUUGGUGGUGGCCCAGUUACCACCUGAUUUUCCAAGUGGGUAGGUGCAUACACACAGACCAGUGAGAAGUUGGUUCUCAUGGAGGAUGCCUUUCUCUGUGGACUCAUUCCUGGACACUGCCCUCUGUGCCAGUCUGGGGUCCUAGAGAAGAGCCAGCUUGGGUAGGAUGUUGGACUGUUAAUUUGGGCUGUUUGCUUUACUUGGUUAGAUUUCCUUUUCUGUGUUGUGUGAACUAUGGGUGAGGCUUCAAAACCACUUUACCCCACUGGGACUUGGUCCCCAAAGACAGGAUCAUAGGCCCAGCUGUAAAUGGAGUUGUUGAAGGGACAGUGAAAUGGCACCUCUGCUGUUCUGUUCUUUGGUCUUGACUGCAGGCCCAAGGCUGGCUGCAGGAGGAUGUCUCCUUCCUUUCCCCACUACCUGGAGACUUAAGGACAGAACCAGGUCUAAGAGCACUGGGCACCAUUCAGAGUCAAGCUGCCACUGGACUCCUACCUCAGGGUGGGGGGUCAGGUGUUGCCGUCUACCUCCCUGUUUACGUGCGGAACUAUCAGCCAUGGACCUCUCUGGGCUAUGAACUUGGUCUGGGGCUUCUUUGCUGAGACUGUCCACAAGACACUCCUUUUCUGAUCCUGGUGGCUCUGGCUGCACCUGGGUUGAGCCUGCUGUUCUUUGCUGUGCUUUGAAAGCCUCCUCCUCUCCAUUCCCAAUGUGGUCUGCAGGCAGCUCCUGGGGAUGGUCUGGAAAUACCCUCCAAGUUUGCAAAAUGACAACAGCGGAGCCACCACAGGCAAGUAGGUCACCACUGGAGGUCUCCUAUGGGUCUAUGUCUGGCAAAACUUAGCAAAGCUAUGGGACAAUUUCCACAGUGCCUGCCCAGCCUGCUAAGGAAAGUGGUGCUCCCAGCCCAGCCCGGGUAUCUGUUCUACCUUAGAGCCUUGAUGAAGCAGCCACACUGUGGGCAAAGGCACUUCAUCUGUAAAUAAAACACCUGUACCUUGCUCUUCUCUUAUUUCCUGGGGCGUGGGGCAUGCUUGGCUCUGCAGGUAGCUUCUUUUAAAUCACAAGGGUCUGAGCAAUAGUGGCUCUAGCUGCAGGGACAAUGAGCAGGAGGGGUCACCAAGUCAGCCCCACUAAGAGCACAGUAUUGUCCGUCCUGGCAGAGGAGGCCUGGGCCCCAGCGGGUCUCUGGGACU